ACUGAUAAUUCUGAAAAAAAUAAUAUAGAUUCAAAUGAGAAUACUGGUGAUUUUGAGGAAGAUAAAAAUGUAAGUAUUCAAGUUUCAGAAAAUAAUAUUGAUGAAUUUAUAGUUGAAGAAAAAAAUUAA